AUGAAACCACUACUCACGUGGUUUUUCCGCCGUGACACAAUCAAAAACGGUUUAGAUAACCCAUAUCACGGAUCUUUUCCAGUAGUUAAACGUGGAGACAAAACAUUUGUCGUCCGUGUAAACGGAAAAGAAGUAACAAUUUCCAUCGAUAGAUUGAAACCUGCGUAUGAGGUCAACGUAAAUCAAGAACCAGAGAAAAUUACACUGUCCACAGAAACAAACACCGACAACAAUUUUAAGAACAACAGACCCAAGAGACAAACAAGAUUUACGGGAAGUUAUCAAGCAAGUGUUAGUUAA